ACACACACACACACACACACACACACACAUCUAGUCACACACACAUCUCAGGCAGGUAGUUUCGUGUCCGAGCGCUCGGAGGCACAGAACAUGUCCGCCUGGAGGAUCUGGAGAGCCGUGGGGCUGCUGGCUGCUCUGAGGCUGUCUUACUCUGACCAGGCACCAGAACCAUCUUUCUUGGUGGCGUUCCGUGCAGUCAUAGACUCCGGCUCCCAGGCUAAAGUCUGUGUGAGCUUUUUAAAGCCCUCGGCUGAACCCGCCGUCAUGUCCGUCUAUCUGAGCCACGAGGGCCGGAGCAAACUGCUGUUUCAGGAACCUGCAGACACAGAGUUCCACCGCUGCUUCCAGAUGCAGGCUCCUUUCGUGGUGACGGAGUCCAUACAGCAGAUCCGAGUGGAGGUCAAGGGUCGAACAUUUCAUCUGACGGAGGAAAGAAAAGUCCUUUUCAAACCCAAGCCGGCACCCAUCACCUUCAUUCAGACUGAUAAACCCAUAUAUACACCUGGUCAGACAGUGCUUUUCAGAGUGGUCACUAUAGAUACGAAAUUCAUCCCAGUUAGUCAAGAGUAUGCAGUCGUGGAGCUGCAGUUGUAUGCCGGCACCCGGAUUGGCCAGUGGCUGAACACAUCAUCACAGGGGAGGAUCCUGCAGCUCUCUCACACCCUGAGCUCGGAGGCUCCUGAGGGCCACUACGCUCUGUCCGUCCACACCCAUCAGGAGCAGGCCGUGGCAACCCACUUCUUCGAAGUGAAGAAAUACGUGAUGCCUAAGUUUGAGGUGACGACAAGCCAGCCCUCAGAGGUCAGCAUUGCCUCAGAUGACCUCGAGCUCAAGGUGUGCGGAAAAUACACUUAUGGGAUGCCCUUGCCUGGGAUGGUGUCGAUGGUUUUAUGCCGUCACCUGAAUGUUUGGAUCCAAGACCAAGCCUUUAGCCCUCUAUGCCUCAAUGCUUCCCUAAAGCUGGACGGCUCGGGCUGUGCCUCUCACGUGUUCAACAUGACAUUUUUUGCUGUGAGUGACUUAGGUUGGAAGCUCCAAAAUGCCCUUCUUUUCAAAGCCACCGUGACUGAAGAGGCUACAGAGGUGAGCAGGUCCAAGACUGAGACAAUCAGGAUUUCCUACUCUCUUGGAACGAUCACAUUUCUCGAGACUCCAGACACAUAUGAACAUGGAUCAGUUUUGGAGGGAAAGAUCAGCUUGAGGGACAACAAUGGAACAGCCAUUUUAUAUCAGCCCGUGUAUCUGUCCACACCGAUGCGCCCAGAGCCGCUGCAGGCACUGACCACGGACUCCACUGGGGUGGCCCGCUUCUCCGUGAACACCACAGCUCUCCGUAAGGAGGACAUCUUCCUAUCUGCAAGCGUCUCGCCCGGACCCGUUCCGUAUGGAGUCCCACACUAUGUGUCUGCACUGUUUAGAGUUGCUUUGCACAGAGACUCCCCUCGCCUGGCGCCCAGGUCCAGCUCUCUGAGAAUAAAGAGCUCAGCUGAGCCUCUGCAGUGUGACACAGACACACCCAUCAGCAUUCAGUACGUCUUCACUGGGGAGACCUUCAACACAGACUCUCUGGACAUCAUAUACAUGGUUUUAUCCAAAGGGGAGAUUCUUCAUGACGGGACUGUGAAGGCUCCAGUAAGGACCAACCAAACAGCAGCUGAAGGCGAGGUGUCCUUCAAACUGCCUGUCUCAACUGAGAUGGCUUCCUACGUGGACAUUCUGGUCUACUCUGUCUUACCCAGUGAGAUGGUCCUAGCAGAAAGCAAGCAACUCCAGACUGAGAAGUGCUUCAGAAACAAGGUGUCUGUGCAGUUCUCUCCCCCUAAAGCGGUUCCUGGAGAGAAGAACUCCCUGCAGCUGUCAGCUCAGCCUGGCUCUCUGUGUGGCCUCAGUGCUGUGGAUCAGAGUAUCUUCAUCAUGGAAGCAGGGAAGCGCCUAGAUGCCCAGAAGAUCUUCAGCUUGUCAUGGAGGUCGUAUUAUGGCGUACCCUAUCAAGUUCAAGAUGACUUUGACUGCCUUCACCUGAGAUCUCGCAGGUACACGGUGCCCAUAUCAUCCAGCCCAAGAAACGACGCAAACAGUGUGUUUGAGCGUUUAGGACUGAAGGUGGCAUCAAAUCUGUAUGUCCGCACGCCUCUCUGCAUUAUCUUUAGGGGCAACACAUAUUCAUUAGUGCAAGGGUCCGGUGGUCCGAGGGGUCAAGCAGGAUCCCAUGGUUCUGACCCUUCACAGACCAUUCGCACGUUCUUCCCUGAAACAUGGAUCUGGGAGCUUGCAGAAGUUGGAGAGUCUGGAGAAGCACAAGUGCCUUUCACCGUCCCUGACACCAUCACCACCUGGGAGACGGAGGCUUUCUGCCUGUCCCCCCAGGGCUUUGGUCUGGCCCCACCAGUUCAGCUCACAGUUUUCCAGCCCUUCUUCCUGGAGCUCUCCCUGCCAUACUCCAUCAUCCGUGGAGAGACCUUUGAGCUCAAAGCAACGGUUUUCAACUACCUGCCAAAGUGCAUCAUGGUUACAGCGACUCCAGCCCCUUCAUCAGACUUCACUCUGACCCCCUCCUCUGAUGGCCAGUACUCCUCCUGUCUGUGUGCAAAUGGCAGGAAGACCUUCAAAUGGACACUGGUGCCUUCUGUGCUCGGAGUGAUGAAUGUGACUGUGAGUGCUGCAACUGAGCAGUCCCAGACUGGGUGUGGCAAUGAGGUGGUGACUGUCCCAGAGAGAGGCCGCAUAGACACAGUCACACGCCCGCUCCUGGUUAAGGCGGAGGGAGUUGAGAAGACUGAGAGUUAUAGCUGGCUUCUGUGUCCAAAGGGGGGCGCUCUAACGGACGAGAUGGAUCUGAAACUCCCAGCAGCUGUCGUGAAGGGAUCAGCCAGAGCCUCAGUUUCUGUGCUGGGAGACGUCCUGGGUCGUGCUCUGAAGAACAUUGGCAGUCUCCUGAAGAUGCCAUAUGGUUGUGGGGAGCAGAAUAUGGCCAUCCUCUCCCCAAAUAUCUACAUUCUGCAGUACCUACAGAACACUAACCAGCUCACUGAAGAAAUCAGGGAGAGGGCCACCAAUUUUCUCAAGAGCGGAUACCAGAGGCAGCUGAACUACAAGCACAGUGAUGGAGGCUACAGCACGUUUGGCAGAGGGGAGGGAAACACAUGGUUGACUGCAUUUGUGUUGAGAUCCUUUGGUAAAGCAAAGUCUUUAAUCUACAUCGAUCCAAAAAUCAUUACGGAUGCAAAGACUUGGCUUGAAGGAAGACUUAGACCAGAUGGCAGCUUCCAUAUGCAGGGGAAACUCUUCAACAACAGAAUGAAGGGCGGUGUAAACGACAAUGUAACAAUAACUGCUUACAUCACUGCAUCGAUGCUUGAGCUGAACAUGUCUGUUACGGAAAAAACGCUGACGUUUCUAAAGUCCUCCGUCAGUGACCUCUCCAACACCUACUCCACUGCUCUACUGGCCUACACCUUCAGUCUCGCUGGAGAAGAGGACCUGCGAUCUCAACUUCUGAAACACUUGGACAGUGUAGCAACCUCUGAUGGAAAUCUCCUGCAUUGGUCUCACUCCUCAUCAGAGCGAGCUGAUUCCCUGGCGGUGGAGACGAGCUCUUAUGUGCUGUUAGCUGUUUUCAGUAAAACCACACUGACUGCUGCUGACUUAGGGUAUGCUGCCAGGAUUGUCAACUGGUUGGUGAAGCAGCAAAAUCCAUAUGGAGGCUUCUCUUCCACACAGGACACGGUGGUGGCACUGCAGGCUCUGGCUCUGUACGCCACCAAGGUCUUCAGCCUACAUGGAUCCAGCACAGUGACUGUGCAGUCAGCAGGUGGGGACAAACACCAGUUUGACGUGAACCAGCACAACACAUUACUGUACCAGGAGAGGGCGCUGCAGGAUGUUCCUGGGAAGUACAGCGUAGAAGUCAAGGGCUCUGCAUGUGCUUCUGUGGGGGUGGCUCUUUUCUAUAACAUCCCCACUCCCACUGAGCACUCAACCUUGAGUAUUAAGACUCAAGCCAAGCCUCUGACUGAUGGAGAGUGCAACAAGAUCAAUGGACAGGCCUUCAACUUAAACAUCACAAUCAAGUAUGAUGGACCACAGGAGAGCACCAACAUGGCUAUAAUAGAUGUGAAAAUGUUAUCUGGUUUCACACCUGACUCUGCCUCUGUUGAAAAGCUACAGGGCAGCAUAUUUGUGGACCGAGUCGAUAAGAAAGAUGACCACAUCCUUGUGUAUCUGUCAGAGGUUCAAAAGGGCUACUACUUCAACUACGAUUUAGUAUUGAGACAAGAUCACCCAGUGAGAAAACUUAAAGCUGCCGUGGUCGAGGUGUACGACUACUACCAGCCCAGUGACCAAGCGGAGGCAGAGUAUUCCUCUCCCUGUGCAGGCGAUGCCUGAAGAGCAUGGUACAAGUUGAAACAAAAGAAGAUAGUUAUGAUUGUUAUGAAUUAUAAUAAAUAAUAAUUUCCAAUAAAUCAACCCUAACCCCA